GCCUAGAGUCACGUGCCCUGGUGGAUAAUUUCGAUAAAAUAAUAAAGCAAUCAGAUAAUGGACAAGAUAUUAAAGUAAGAGAAAUUAAAGUGGUUGAUGAGACUGAGUUGCAGGAGUAUGAAGGAAUGGGUUGGUAG